UUUUCUCCUUCCCUUCUUCCUUCCUUCUUUUCUUCCUUCCAUCUAUAUAAGAUAUCAUACCCUUAAGUGUGUAUGUUCUUUAAAAAGGUUUUUCCCCCCAAACCCUAGAAUUCAGUGCUGCUUCCAGACCAGAUAUGAGGGUCUAGAAUGGCCGGGAAGCUUGCCAUAGGGACUGAGGGGCCUGGAUGGUUUGUAAUGGGCUUCUUCUCUUUCUCUCGCAGGAGGCUGGUUCUGGGCUGGAGCUGGAAGAUGUCCACAGCAGCACCGAAGACCUCCUCUCAAUAGACGCGGCUCUACAGGGGACAGAAUACUACAGAGACUUGGGCUAUGUUCCACCUAUGGAGACGAUGUCAUGGUUCCCUCCGGCCUCCUGGUCACAGGAGAAGCUGCCAGGGGAACUUGUAGGCCCACAAUGCCAGGAACCUGGCUAUUUUCUCCAGAGCCCCGAUGGCCUCACUGACAGAGCCACUGAGCCCUUCCCCAUGCUGGCCCAUUCAAUGACCACUCGGAGACACAGCUGGGAGAGACCUCUGCCUCCCUUAGAUACCAAAAGAAGACUCAGCCUUGACAUCUCUGACAUGGGUAAUGAUGAAGGGCAGAGCUUGCCCAGAACAUUUGCCAGCCACUCUUUGAAUCUGUCUGGAGGGGGCCUGCAGGCCUGGGCAGAGAGGACAGGUCACCGGACAACCUCCAGGAGGAGAGCCUCCCCUGAGCUAACCUACAUAGCUGUGGAAGAGGCAAGAAAUGAUCCAAGGAGACAGCAGGAAUUUAACAACUCUUGGAAAAGGCUGAGGUCAAGAUCUGUUCCUCAAACUGGUGAUAUGCUUUCUCCCUCAAGAAUCUCUCAGAACCUGCAGGUUUCCAUCCCAGCUGCCCAAGGUAUUGAACCCCCUACGCUGGAAAGAGCAGAAAAAGAUCACGUAUCCCCAGAUCAUGUCUUGAUUGUCCAGCAAGUCCUUCAGGAGCUCAAGCAGUAUCAUGGGGCGAAGCAAAGGGCUCACUUAGGGGAUGGCCCCAGGGAUUCCCAGCAGAACAUAACUUGGUUUGAGUUCCUGUCUAAUGAGAAGGAAGAUGAUGGGAAGAAUGAAAAAAGUGAAAAGGGAACCAAAGUGAAACGAACGCUGAGCUCCCUGAGAAGUCGAGUGACUGGCUCCUGGCAGAAGGAUAAGGGUAAGAACAAAGAACAACAGAAAGGGAUAGAGCCAAGGGAAAAAAGGAAAAGCAUAAAUGGUGACGAGUUAGUGCCAGGGAUUUUGUCCAGCUGCAUCAACUGCUCCCUGUGUGACAAGCCCUUGCUCAGGCGGAAUGGGCUGCAGUGCUUAACUGGUGCAUUACAAGAGAACCAACCAGUAGUUCCUCUUUAAGACAUGGGAUGUCACCUUCUCUUGGAAGUCCCUUUUCAUGCCCAGUGGCCAGAGAAAUAUCAUGGGGACACAGCUCUAGACUUGGAAAGGACCUCAGAGUUCAUUUAGAUCAGUGGUUCUCAAACUUUUGUUUUCAGUAUCUUUAUCCUAUUAAAAAUGAUUGAGGAUCUCUCCAAAGAGUUUUUGUUUAUCUGGAUUAUAUUUAUAGACAUUUAUCAUAUUGGAAAUAAAAACUAUUUUUGAAUUUGUAGACCCUCUAAGAGGGUUUCAGAGAUCCCCAGGAUUCUCUAGACCAUAAUUUGAGAAGCACUAAUUUAGACCAACCCCCUCAUUUUAUAAAUGAGGAGACUGAACCCCAGGAAGGGAACUGAAGGGGACCUCAGAGGCCAUCAGACAUGGGUCAGUCCUUUACUAUUGUCUUGGGAAUUUGUCAGUGUUAUGGGCCAGAAACAAUAUUUUCACACACAAAAAAAAUUCUGUUGUGUUUUAUUUAGCAAAGAAUUGCCUGGAGUAGCUGCAAACAUGUUUCAACUCCUUGUGUCAAUAGGUGGCAGGCACAGCUCUGUGUAAAACUAUCCCAGCCUGGUUGUUUUAUUAUUGUUGCCCAGGAUUGGCAAGGGAAGAAGGGAGGGGGAAGGGGAGCAAAAGAAGAAAGGGGACAGAGGGAAGGGAGGAGAGAAAAGGGAGAGGGAAGACAAAGGAGAGGGGGAAAGAAGAGAAGAGGGCAGAGAAGGGAGGGGAAAGGGAGAUAGGCAGAGACAGAAGGAGGAGAGAAAGAAGAAAGGAGUGAAACAAGGAGGGAGGGUAGUAAGAGACACAGAGACUGAGACCCAGAGAGAGAAAGAUACAAAGAUAUAUAUAUAGAAAAAAAGAGAGAGAGAGAGAGAGAAAG